AUGCAACCUCAUCCACAACUUCAUCUUCAACUUGCAUCUCUUCCCUUCGCCUUCACACUCCUAUCUGUCUGCUGGUCUUCGUUCAUUCCAGCGCCCGAGAUGGCAGAUGGCUUCCACUCUCGUAGAGGAAUCCUCCUUGCUCCACCAUCGACUCGUAUUGCGCCUGGAAACCGGACUCUGCGGGCUCCUGCGGCUCGUGAUGCGAUCGUUCCAACUGGCGCCCUCUCCAUUUCGACUCUUCGCUGGCUCGGGCUCGACUAUUAUCAUCGUGUUGGAGGCGGGGAUCGUGCCGUGGCUUCGGCGUCGUCGAGUAUCGUUGUGUCUGCUGGAAGGCUCGCUGUUGAUCGGUUCUGUUGUGCCGUUUUUCAAGAGCCAGUAGUCGCGCAGUUUAUCCAGGGCCGUCUUGAAGUCGUCGAGAAUAACGGCAUCGCAGAAACAUUUGCAGACGAAGGAUAUCUAUUUGAUUCAGAUGACUGGUUAGCUCAAUGGAUUGAGACCCGUUGGCAGAGCACCUCGAAACACACCGAGCACGCUCAGUACAUCGACGACGAUGAAAAUGAUAGAAAUGCACAUCGAUACCAACAUGACCCCGAACCGAGGGCUAUGACGAACGAGCUCGACGAAGCUAAAGUCGUAUUGGGACUUGAUUACCCAGAAGAUGUUGCAGGUCGUGUAUAUCCACCAGGGGUCACUGUCGUUGCCUUGUCAGCUAUAACGAACCUUUCUGCUGCGAGUAUAUCUACCAGCUCCAUCUUACCGGAAGAGAGGCUCCCACGGCCGUGUCUUCAAGAAGAGCAUGUUAAUAUUGUUGAAGAAAGCGAAGUUUGCAUAGAUCUCGAUGACCCAAUAGAUCUGGGCCAGAAUGACGGUGCCGAUAUAGAACAUCGAGACCCGGUAGGUAAGAAACGGUUUAUUCUUCAUCCAGGCAAUCACAUUAUGCAGACUCCAAGACAUGUUCAGCCCGACUGCCGUGAUUGA